AUGGCCGUGAAUGUGCGAUGGUCGAGUGCGUCGGUUUCGGUGGUGCUGUUGGUGGCGUUGUGCGCUUGGGCUUCCGUCCCGGGCACCGGUGGGCAGCUGGGGGUGCCCGGUAGUGGUGGCGGGGGCGGUUGGCUCGAUAAGUUCAACAAGCUGCUCAGUCGGUCGAAGCAGCGAAACGCAACGGAAGACAACGAGGUGCUAGAUGCCGACGAGUAUGACUUCGUGAUCGUGGGCGGCGGGACGGCGGGGAUGGUGCUGGCGAGCCGGCUGUCGGAGAACCGCGACUGGAGGGUGUUGCUGCUCGAGGCGGGCCAGUACGGCACGAAGCUGUUCAACAUCCCGAUCGGCUUCCAGCUGGCCGUCCUGUCCGACAGCUACAACUGGAAGUUACUCAGCGAGAAGCAAACCAACGCCUGCUGGGGUACCAUCGAUGGCCGUUGCCCGGUGGACAUUGGGAAGGGCGUCGGUGGGAGUACGCUGGUGAACGGGCUUAUCUACUCCCGCGGGAAUCGGGACGAUUACGAUCGGUGGUCGACGGCUGGCAACGACGGUUGGAGCUACGACGAGGUGCUGCCGUACUUCCGCAAGGCGGAGAAAGCCAUCGGCGAUGGGUUGGAUCGGGACUUCCGGUCGAGUUCGGGUCCGCUGCGAAUCGAGCGGUCGUCGUUCCGGUCAGAGCAUGCGCGCAUCUACAUGGAAGCGGCUAAAGCCGCCGGCUAUAACCAGGUGGACUACAAUGGGCGCACACAGUUCGGCAUCGCACCGGUUCAGGCCACGAUGACCAAGGGGCAGCGGUUGACGGCGUACAACGCGUACCUGCAGCCGGUGCAGAAGAAGCGCACGAACCUGAAGACACUCACUGGAGCGCUGGUGACCAAGAUCCUCAUCGAUCCGGAUACCAAGGAGACCGAGGGGGUUCAGUUCACGCGCGGCGGACAGCAGUACGAGGUGCGAGCCCGGAAGGAGGUGAUCCUGUCCGCUGGAGCCAUCCUAAGCCCGCAGCUACUGAUGGUAUCUGGUGUCGGCCCUCGGGAGCAUCUGGAGUCGGUGGGUGUACCGGUGGUAGUGGACCUCCCGGUCGGUGAAACGCUCUACGAUCAUCUCGGAUUCUCCGGGCUGCAGAUCGUGAUGAACGGCACCGGGUUUUUCGCACCGGGCGACAUCCCGACGUUCGAGAACUUCUACGAGUACCUGAAGGGUAAGGGUGUGUUGACGGUACCGGCCGCGGUGGAGCUCGUCACCUUCCCCAACCUAACGCUGGCCGGCAGGCGUGGUCCUACGCUGGAGCUGAUGAACCUGAUCAGUUCGUUCGCCGUGGACAAAGGAACGACGGCGAAGCAGAGCGUGCGCAUGCGGGACGACGUGUACGAGGCCGUCUACCGGCCGCUGGAGACGCAGAACCACUUCACGAUCAUCGUGCAGAACCUACACCCGCUCUCGCGAGGUUCCGUGAGGUUACGAAGCGCUAACCCCGCCCUGCCGCCCAUAGUGGACCCGAACUAUCUGGCCGAGGAGCUGGACGUGGACGUGGUGCUCGAGGGCAUCCGGGAGGUGCAGAGGGUGCUCGAGACGGACGAACUGCGGCGGUACGGUGCGACGGUGUGGACUUCCGGCCGGCUGCCGAACUGCGCCGAGCACGAGCCCGACUCGGACGACUACUGGCGGUGCGCCGUGCGGACCGUCUCCUUCUCGUUGACCCACUUCAUGGGUAGCUGCAAAAUGGGGCCGCCGACGGACGCCGACGCGGUCGUCGCACCCGACCUGAAGCCGUACGGGCUCGAGCGGUUGCGCGUCGUCGACGCGAGCGUCAUCCCGGAACCGGUUUCGGCCCACCCGAUGGCAGCCGUCUACAUGCUCGCGGAACGGGCGGCCGAUCUCAUCCGGCAGGAACAUUUGCCCUAG